AUGGAAGCCUUGGUCUGUGCGUUCUCUGAGCUGCGCAUAAGAGAAGAUGCAGUGAGCUGGGCCCGAGGACAUCCCAGCCACCCCGACACGCCACCCAACAUCUACGAGGGGGGCCUGGGGGCCCAGCAGCAGUGCCCCGGUGCCCAGGGAAGCAAGCCCAAGAACUUCCGGCUGCGUCACCUCCGGGGCCUGGGUCUCUACCUGCCGAGCCACAUGCAGCCCGCCGGCCAGGGUGAGAGCCACUGGCUGGGCCAGCUCAUGGCCAGGGGCUGCCUCCCACCGCCCGAGGGUAUGGCCUGGCCCCUAGACCUGCCACACGGGACUUUGGGCCCAGGGGACAGCCACCGCUCAGUUCUUCUGGAAACUCAAGUGCCCGGGGACAGCCUGGAAAAUCCAGCUUCCAGUUCCAGCGUGGACCCGGCCAAGGGUGCCGCCUCCCAGCCUGGUCCGCCAGAAGGCUUGGGGCUCAGGCCGAAGAGGUCCUGGGGGGCCUCAGAGGAGUCCACAUGUCCCGUGUGCAAGAGAACCCGCUCUGGGGCUCUGGAGAGACCAUAG